GGACAGAGGCUGAAGUAGAAGAAGAAGAGGAGGCGGAAGAAGAAGAUGGCGGCGCGGACCUGGAUGUAAACAAAGAUGUGUUAUUGUGGCGGGAUGCUCCGCUGAGGAGACGAGUCUGAGUCCGUGAGACGAAGAGAUGAAACAAGUUUAUCUGGAGCUAAACUGAAGUUGAAGGACCCAGACUCACCUCCAACCAGCUGCACAUCUGAUCUGCUCUGUCCCGGUCUGUCCUGGUCUGAUCCGGUCUGUCCCAGUCUGAGGUUCAGCAGUGAUGGCGGGUCGUGGUCGUGGUCGGAGGACGAUGAGUUUCAGCAUUGACGCCGUUGGCAUCAACAGAGGAGACAGUUUACCUCCGUCCAUGCAGCAGCCAACGCCUCUGUUCCCUGUGAUGGAGCAGAAACCCCUCCCCCUGGCAGGUGGGGAGGAGGCAGAGUAUCUGUUGGCUCUCAAACAGGAGUUCAGAGGAGCCAUGAGGAGUCUGCCCUGCUUCAUCCAACCAACUGCUGCACACAGAGAUGUGGAGAGAUACUCUGAUAAAUAUCACAGCAGCGAACAGACGGACAGUCUGCUGGACUGGACUCCAGACUGGAAGAGAUUCCCCAGAGAGCUCAGAGUCCGUGUCAGGAAACCUCACAGAGACGGCGUCUCGGUGUCAGUCAGUCGCUCUGACAAAGUUCAGUCUGGUCAGAGGAAGAAACGAGUCAAAGAGAAAGAGGAGGUGCUGCUCAAACUGGAGACUCUGGAGAAGAAGGAGGAGCAGGAGAGUUCAGAGGAAGAGGAGGGAGAGGAGAAGAAGAAACAGGAGGAGGAGGAGGCCGAGGGAGAGGAGGAGUAUGACGAGGAAGAGUUUGAGGAGGAGACAGAUUACAUCAUGUCGUACUUCGAUAACGGAGAGGACUUCGGGGGAGACAGUGACGACAACAUGGACGAAGCUAUUUAUUGAAACACAGUCAUCAGGUCAUGUUGCUUCUGUCCGCGGACAAACCGUCCACAUCUGGAUUUAAACAUGUUUUAAUCAAACAGAUGAGCUCAACCUGCACUGACACAUCUCUAGAUCCUUUCUCAUGUUUUUAAGCUUUUGUACCAGAGUUUUACCAACAUUUUCUCAGUGUUGUUUUAUGGUGGUUGUGUAGAGUUUUAUCAGUGAGUGUUUGGCUGUUGGAGAAAUAAACGGCAGCUACACAAGGA